CAUCGGUUGUCGUCGGACCAGCGGCUCGCCUUCACUUGACACAUCGGCGCACGUCUCUCGCGGCGCUUUGCUGUUGUUCGUAGUCUCAACGUGAAGUGCGCUGCAAGCGGAAAGAGGGACGCCUUCAUUGAGGGGGUUUACAUCCGCAUAUCGUCCUUCAUUCGCCUUGCCUUCUCUGGAUUCGAGCGGGAUUUACAACGUCCUGGAAAAAAAAAAGAACUCCGACGUACCUACCAAGAAUUCCCCAUUCGUCAUGCCAAACACGUCAGGAUGAUGAGACCACCGAGCUGUUCGCACUAGCGCCAGCAGGGCUCCUGUCCUGGCCAUUUGGUCGAAAUGUCAAGCCGGGGAUGCGGUGAGCGCGGCUUAGGUGGCGUGCCUCUGCCAGGAGCGCUGGCGUCUCCCACCAACAACGACUCCACAAACGCAACCGCCGUAGUGGUCUUCCCGGACUCAGCAGUGUGGGACGGUCCUCUGGUCCAGCGCGUGGUCACACUGUCGGUCAUAAUGUUCUUCACAUUGGCCGGAAACGCAGCCAUCGUGGCGGUGUUGGCGCGACCACGCGCCGCCAUGCGUUCGUCUUCGCGCGUCAACCUCUUCAUCCUGCACCUUGCUGUCGGGGACCUUGCCGUGGGACUCUUCACACAAACGUCGGAGAUUCUAUUCGAGGUAUCCGGCAGUUGGGUUCUGGGUGCCUUGGGCUGCAAGCUGGUCGUGUACGUGCAGAUGGUCACCCUCGCCUCGACCACCUUCAUCUUGGCUUCGAUGAGCUACGACCGGUACGCGGCCAUCUGCCGACCGCUCGAGUCGCGAUCGGGGCUGCGUCGCGCAAAGGCCAUGCUGGUCACAUCCUGGGCCCUCGCCUUCAUCUUCGCCAUUCCACAGCUCUUCAUCUUCGUCGAGGUACAAACAGGGGUCACUGUCUCCGGUCAGCCACACAUGGAGUGCUUGAGUGUCGGCUACACGCGCCACUGGCAACGACAGCUUUAUUUCUCCUGGCUCACGCUUUACAUCCUGGUCGUGCCAGGCCUACUCAUAUCGGCCUGCUAUCUGCGUCUGCUGCGGGUAGUCUGGACUGCCUCAGCACCGGAUGGCGCUGGCUUUCUCGUGGCGGCCGGCUCAAAAGACAGGGACCAGAUCGGUGCCAGCUUCAAGGCCAACGGCAAGGGGCCGCUACCGACUCUGCGGCGUUGCGCACAGGCCCACCCGCUUCUACCUAGAGCGCGCGCCAAGACACUCAAGCUCACGGUGUGCAUCAUAGCGAGCUUCAUGCUCUGCUGGAUACCGUAUUUCGCGGUGCACAACGUGCGGAUCCACAGCCACUACUGCAUCAAGGUACCACGUGCUGUCAUCGUGUUUGCCGAGACGGUCGCCCUGCUCAACAGUGCCGUCAACCCCAUCUUUUACGGCCUCUUCAACGUGCACAUUCGCCGCGGACUGUGCGAGAUCCUGUGCAGGGGUCGAGGCGGCAGCCGUAGCCGCAGAUGCUACUAUGGCCGCGAUUCGACGCUACGUCAGCGAGGCCUGACAACGGCCCAGGUCGUGGCGCUUACUACGAGCACCUGUGCUCCCGACGCCAGCUCGCUGGCCAGCCCCGCACUCAGCAAUGGCCGCUUGCUCCAGCUGCAGCAACUCCAGGAUCAGGAUAGCGUGAACUUAAGCAACGUCGAGGCCGUUCCCUUGGUCGCGAUCAACGGCAAUGCCGCGGCAGCCUGUGAAGUGUAACACGCCAAAAUUGGCACAUCACUGGAACAGUCAACAUUUAUACAUUACUUUGUCAGUUUCAGAACUAAGCCUCAGAGCUUCGCUGAAACGUGGCUCACUUACGUUGCCUCCUCGUAAAUGUCUGAAGAUUUAUUUUCAAGCGCGCUGCCACGUGGAAAAUACAGCAGUGGGCUGCGCGUAGUGCGGCUUCUGAAAUCUACCUUUUGUCACUAAAGAUAAGAACACUUUUCUGUUGCUGCUCAAAUGCAUUGCGGUCGCAGCCCACGUUAGCCUUGUGAAUAAGUGGUGUAGUCAGAGGGCAUGUCGAAUGAACAUCGGUGCAUUAUCUGCCGAAAACGUGAUGUGGUUACUGUCUGUGAUACGUAAAAUUGACUCAUCUUAUUUCAAGGACAACUACAUUAUUGUUGUCACAUGCUAAGUAUGCGGGAACGUCUGCGGUACAGCAAAAUGGAGUGAACCGAAAGAGGGUCAAAGCGCCGCCUGUGAACGUCGUGUCACCUUAUGAGCUUUGUCCCAAGAGAACGUGCUGUUGGUACAGGACAAGUGCGACUACUAUAGAUAUUUUCUUGCUGCUCAGAUAACAUGAGGACACUCAUGUUAUUUUUUGUUCCAUUUCCUACAACUUCAUUACGCUUUCCUGGCUUGGCACAGAGCAAGUCGAUGUAUGUUAGCAAACAAGGUCUAUCACAAUGGGCAAGUAACAUAGUUGAACUUAAUAGAAACGCAAAAUAUUUUCUAGUUCUGAGCAAAACUAGCUGUACGGGUAUUCGGUACUUAGAAACACUAAAACGUCCGAUAAAGAUUAGGCAACUUCAGGUGUGCACUUGAGAACUUUUCAAGACGCCAGCGAACGGUUGAGUCAGAUGGCAUAAGAAGCACACUUUGCUAGUGAAGGGCAGAAGGUUUAUUCCUUUGACUAAAUGCCAAAACGCAUAAGGUAAGUACUUUGUUUCAUAAUUUAGAGUAGCAAACAGCUAAGCCUUGCAAAUUACCAGUGCGCGGCGCGUCUGAAGCCAUAGGAGUUUGAGAAUUACACUCGGUUUUAUGCUUCGACGAUUUCCCGAAUGACGUCUAUUCUAGUUGUUGAACGAUAAGGCCGAUGCGACACGGUGAAUGGUAAGAAUAAACGAGAACAACAGAAAAAGAACCCCUGCAAUAAAGGAGCUAUUUAACUACAUAGCAGUGUCAUUGAAUGUACAUAUCACGGAUCAUAAUUUAUAGCGAGCUCAACGGUGAUCACUCCACCUAGGAUGGUUGUGUAAACUGAAAUAUUGUGUCAAAUAAAAUUACUUCAAAAUGCCUGCAAGAGCAAAA